AUGCGAGGUCUUCUCGGCCUCCUGGACCUGAUCGUGGCAAUUCCCUCACAUUCCACAGGCUGGCCGCUUGCGGUCAUUGCCAGCUCCAGCGUUCACGUUUUCACGGCUGCCUGUUGCUUCCACAUACGUGGUUUAGUUUGUCGACCUCAUGGGAGCGUUUCCUAUGCUGAGCUCUUCGCUUCUAUUGAAGAUGGCUCUGCACCAUUUGACCUCUCACAAGGGCAAGCUGAGCUGCCACCGGGACCCCCGCCACGUGUGGAGACAGUGCCUCUGCAGUCGCAGCUUGCUCGCCCCGUGCACUCAGACGCAGAAGCCGACUCAAUGGCACCUGUCAUGGACCCCGCCAUGACAGAUCAAAGCAGGGCAUCGUCUUCGCAAGAGAGGCCAUGUGCAGCAGAUCCAGAAAUUUGCGGCGAUGAUGAGCCGGCUAGUGUCUCUCAGGCUAGAGCAGUCGACAAGAGUGAACUCGAACCCUGCAAUGUCGAACUCAUUAUCCGCUUACCUAGUGGGCGGCGCGUACGCUCUUCUUUUCUUUCAACAGAUACCAUAUCUACAGUCUACGAUGUUGUGGAAAGCGAGUCUGGCCAGGAGGCGGACAUCCGAGCAGGCUGGCUGUAUUUGCUAAUACAGGCACACCCACGAGAGGUGUACAGCGACAAGGGCAUGACGAUAGCACAGGCUGGGCUUCAGUCGGGCGUCCACAGAGUUCUGCUUCAUUCUGUUCUGGCUGACACUGAUGUGGCCAAGCCUGAAGACGGCGAGCUAAAAACUCUUGCCCGGUUCGUGACAAGCCUCAGGGAUGGAGCGAUAGUCUGCAACAUGGACAAGCUCCCAGGGCUUCAAAAGAAUGCCCGUGCCUGCGCGUCAUCGCGACCUACGCAGGUCCGCUGUGGAGUUCUCUGGGUGUGGGGCGAGAGUGGCAAGGAUGCUGCCCUGGAGGCGGCGCUGCAGGAGCCGAACAUCCCCGCAGAAGCAGAGGAUCCGGCAUACGAGGGACGGGCCAAAUUCUCUGUUUGGUCUCACCGUGAUGUUCCCUACGGCUGGGAGGUGGCUUUCGAGAACGUCACCGAUCCUGCCCACGUGGCUGUGGCUCACCACAACAUUGUGUCGAACAGGUAUGAGGAUCCUUGCCCUCUGAAGAUUGACUUUGUUCGCAAGCCCAGCAACAAGGAUGGCUUCAAGUACACCAUUGAACAGCUGGGCAAAGAUGCAGCGGUCAGCACGAUGGACUUCAAGCCGCCGUGCCAAAUGCACAUCAGGACCUCUUAUGACCACGGUGCUUCCCUGACCCUGGUCAUCAACUUUGUUCCCACGAAGCCAGGUUGGUCGAGGCUGGUUGGGUCUACGCUGAUGAUUACCGGCGAGAAUGGCGAGAAGCCGGACGGAUUCGCUAUCUACAGUGCCCCUCUGCCGCGCUGGUUGACCCACUUGCUCGGCCCGUUCUUCCUGCAUCAGGACCAGGUUUUCCUGCACUACCAGCAGUCCAUCCUGGAGAAAGAGCGUCGAAAGCAUGGCAAGGACUGGUUGCAGUCCUACUGGAUGCCGACCGAGGCUGACAAGGGCACCAUAGCUUUGAGGCGAUGGCUUGACAAGAAUGGUGGCAUCGCAUGGAGCCCUGGCGUGGACACAGACCUAGCAGCCAUGCCCGACAAGCAACUACUCUUCGACACCUACAAGACACACACCAGCCAGUGCACGACUUGUCAGAAAGCCCUGAGGUGGACCGAGAGGCUUAACAAGGUGUUCAAGUACUCUGCGCAGCCCCUGGUGCGUUCCAUGCCCAUGCAUCGUGGGAACUGUAUCCUGGCCACUCCUGGCCACGGGCAGACAGAGGAGCCGAAGGCCAGAGUUUGCCGUCAGCCGCGGGGAGCAGAACAAGAGCGACUCACUGAGCAAUUUUCACUGGAGCUGCCAAAUGCUGCUGUUGGGCAGCAGUCUCACACCGGUCAACUCGGGAAUGGAGAAGAGUCCCUCCCACUCUCUGUGGAAGGGGGUGCACGCGUGGCUUGCGUCGAAGGUGCACGCGAGUUUCUGUGCAAGGUGCACGCCGGUACUGGCACGCUGCAGCGCGCUUGGGCUCAAUUGAAAAGGACGGCGUGGACUUCUCCAACAAGGAGUUCUUCGGCGUCGGCCUUGUUUGCAAUUCGACAAGCCCUGUGGCGAGCAGCGAGCACCUGGCGAUCCAGGAGACCCUCGACGGCGAGACUUCCGACGUCACCGCGGAGCCCCAUGCAGUACUUCUUCUACGGCGACUGCGCGCUCUACGUGGACGAGAUGGCGGCACCAUCGACGGGCAUCCCGCUUCAUGAAUAUCGAAGAGAUGUACCUCCUGGCUGGGGACCUGGCAUCCCAGACUACAGCCUUAAGACCUACUUCGACAAACUGAAGAUGUGGUACCGCGUGUACGAUGGGGCGGAUGAGACCGUGGGUCCGCUUGUGGCUGGAAGGUUGCAGGGCAAGGCACAAACCUUGGCUAUGACACUUCGGCUUCCCCGCCCCGACGGGCAAGUGGACACCGGCUCUGACGCUUUGGUCCGUCUCUCAGUCGACGAGGUGAGGGACCCGGCAAAUCCAGCCAUUAUCCUCCAAGCACAUAUACCAUCCGGGGUCCAGGCACUGUGCAACAAGUUGAGAGAAACCUUCGGAUUUUCAGAACAGGAAAUGGCUAGCCGAGCACUGGACCACCUCUUCGACUUCAGGCGUGGCAAGAUGUCACUUCAGGAGUACUCCGUCGAGUUCGACCAAAGAAUGCAAGAAGCUUCCGAGAAAGCCGGGCUCGAGAUGAACGACGUGGCUCACUUCUACCUCUUCUUCAAGAACUCCGGCCUGCCGUCCAAGUUCGUGGAAGACGUCAAGAUGCAAGUACAAGGAGACCUUCGAAGAUAUCAAGAAGCAAGAACCUUGGCACUCAGGCUCAGCAGCAAGCAUCUUGAACACGACUCCUACCACCAGGACGAGACGGCGGCGGACAACGAGUCUUGGUACGGCGACUCGUGGCGCAACGAUUGGAGCUACAACAGCGACUACGAGACCGGCUGGUUUGACGACGAUUGGUACGGCUACGAGGACUACGAGGACGGCUACGACAACAGCUACUACGACGACCACGGAGAAGAGUGGUUCUCGCCGGACGACGAAGACGACGAGGACUACGGAAGCUACCCGGUCCGAGGCAAUGCCAUGGGCGUUGGAUGCUCCAUUUGUGGGAGCAAAUGGCAUUCUGCUUCCUCGUGCCCAGUCAACAGCAAUCCAUCCAGAUCCUCGUCGGACAGCGGCCAUGGAAAGGGCAAGCGCAAGGGCAAGAGCUUUGGACAAAAGAGCUCCGGCAAGAAUAAGGGCUACGGCAAGCGUCCAUAUGGUUUUCGGGAUUUCCGGGAGUAUAGCAAGGGCAAGAGUAAAGGCAAAGGUAAAGGAAAAGGCAAGAAGGGCAAACGCUACUACGCCGAGUACCCGGACGACGGCUACCACCUCUACGGCAAGACCCUUUCCGCGCACUUCGGCACGGACACCUUUGCGUCGUGGCCCUUGCGAACUUCACCGGUGAAAGCUUCGACUACCAGGACCUACAACAUGGCCGAGGGCGACGCUUCAGAGUUCUUGCUCGGUGCGGCCAAAAACAACGUUCGCGACAAGAACGAGGACGACCACGUGGACGAGCACACGGGUGAGAAUGACAAGGCGACCGUGAAGAAUCUUCAUUUUCCCAUGGCGCUCUACAGCGAUCGAGAGCAUUUCCACAUGAUCGCCGGCAACCAGCGACGUGGUCUUCUUGUGGACCCAGGUGCCUCCAGCGGAGAGCUCUCAGGCAUUUCAGGAAGCAAGGACGAGACCCUGGGCGAAGUCACGAUUCCCGUCUCCUUUGCCGAGCACAGCAAAGGUUCCUUCACUGGAUCAGUCAUUGGAGGCGACGGCUCACUUUGUCCAGCUUUGCUUUCGAACCCAGCUUUGCGGAAGAUGAGCAGCGUCAUCUUCACCGACUUCUUCGACAAUGGAGAUGGACUCUUGGCCUGCCACUCAGCCGGGGUCAAGGUGAAGGGCGCUCCUCGAGAAUGGCUCACGUUUCGCAUUCUCCUUACGGACUCAGGCCACUACCUUCUUCCGGUCGACAACGAGAAGAAUGCGGUGUCCAAAGAGGCAGGAAAGAAGGCCGGAGCCUUCAUGCACCGCAUCGUGGAAGAAAGCCAGAAGCAAUGGAAGGACGUGAAGCAUUGCUUCUUUCAGAUGCCUCGAGACAUUGGGGACGCAGAGCUUAAGCGGAGUGGCACCGAGAGCACCAGGGGACCGACAGACACUCAUGACACGUCAGUCAUGGGCAAGCGAACAGUCACCAAAGGCAUCUACUUGCAGUCGCAGGACGACCCUCUCAACUACAAGCAGGAAAGCGACGAGUGGACCAUCUUCGGCAACGUUCUCACGAGACACCAUCGAGUACCACGUCGGAUGAUGUUCACCACAGGAUGCACCGCUGACUGCCCAAUCACCUCCGAGCAGUUGGCUUCCAAGCGGGUUACAAUCAUCAACCACCAAGGAGUCACAAGGACUUUGCACGACUCCUGGCAGAAAUCGGCACAUCCUCAUCGGGAUCUUGGCUACAUGUGGACAGGUGAGACACGCUUCUUCCUCAAGGAGGCAAAGCAGCCGAAGCCAAAAGCACUCGACGUGGUGGACACCAACGAGGCUAGCGACCUGAACUUUGCCGACGACGAGUUCCCGGAGUACGAGGCAGACACGUUUCCGGAGCAUUGGAGCGACGCGGAGAAGAAGACACAGGCCAAGCGCUACGAAGCAAUGCCAGAGGAAUUCUACACGAAGACGAACCGACGGCCGAUCACUCCGAAGAACUUCAACCAAUGGUUCAAGAAGUCAUGCGGUCGAGGUCUUCGGUUUCACUUCUGGGAGCUCUUCUCAGGCUCUGGCAGGCUGAGUCUUCUUGGCGUCCUCUCAGGCAUGAUUGUUGGCUUCCCCGUCGACUACCGGUACGGAUGGGAUGUUGGACUUCCGGAACAUCAACGGAUGCUGUCUGCUGCACGGGCCGAAUUUCAUCCUGACCUGCUGUUCGCAGCUCCGACAUGCAGGCCCUGGUCAGUCUCUUCGAACUCCAAAGAUGACGUGGUACGACAAGAAGAACGACGACAGGAGCUUCCAACAUUGUCAUAUGUCCGGGACGUCUUCGAGGAGCAGAUCUCUGACGACCUGGGCUUCCUCUUGGAGCAGCCCUUGGGUUCCGCCAUGUUGACGGAUUCCAUGAGCCCCAUGGCAAGUCUUUCUCGACUACAAGGAGUGCGAAAACUACAACAAGUACAUCAAUGUGCGCCUGGAUGCACUGACAACGGCGCUCCGGUCAAGAAGGCAACGGCUCUGGUGGCGAAUGUCAAGAUGAACAGAACGGCCAAGCGCUGCAAUGGACAUCGAGGAGUACAGCACGCGGUCCUUCAAGGCAGUGUUGGUGGCAUCAACCGUACAGCCAUGGCAGCUGUCUAUCCCAUGAGAAUGUGCAGGGCCAUCAUCGAGGACGUGUGGAAGUUCGUUCAGCGCAAGAAGCAGACCUUCAAGAAAUGGCCACAGGAGCUCAUUCUCAAGGUCUCACACGGCUAUGAGUGUGAGCGCUGUACCAUGGGACGAGCUGCUCUUCCGUGGAUGGAGCACACGUUCAUUCCUGGACAAUGUCGUUAUGGGCGACAUCCUCCUGGAGAAGGUCCACGUUUGCGACAACAAGCAGAAGACCCAAUUGCUGCCUUCAAGCGACAAGCUCGACAGAAGGCUAUGACUGAGGUGAGGCUGGAAACUCCCACUACGAUAUCGCUCAACGUGGACCAGUCCUUCUACCUGAAGUACACGCUGAUGGUGAUGGUCCAGGACUGCUUGGCUCUCUUCACGGAGGCUGUCGAGACAGGCGCAGACUACCGACAUUGGGUUGUUGACCCGAUACACAAGGCCAUGGUCACUCAGAUCUUCCAGAAGGACAUGAUCGUUAAGGGUAUCGUGUGCGCCCUCCGUCCAUGGCACUGCAUGGUUCCAGAGCCUCAGCUGUCUUCAAGGGCUGCGCCUCUCAGGCUACAAAUCUCCGGCAAUGUCAAGGAAUGGAAGAUACAUGACCUGGAGGACCUUCAGGAGAUGAGUCACUCACAGCAGAGGCAGAAGAUUGACGAGAUCGACUGGCUCAUCACAAUAUUUGGGUCUGACAAGGUUGGUGCAGUUCCAGCAGCUCCUGAUCCACCUCCGGAGGACGAACCACCGAUACCGGCGACUCCUACAAAGCACAGUCAUCGGAAACCUGGAGCAGACAAGUCAGAGCUCCCUCCUCCGGCUUCCAAGGACAAGGUCGUGGAUGACGAGGACGUUAAGGAGGACGACGACGGCAACCCGGUCGAGACUUUCGACGCAGCUCCUAUCGAGAAUCUCAAGCCUCUUUACAACUUCCGUAAAGUCUUCCAACGUCUUCUCAAGAUCGCUGACACGGACCCAACUACGGCAAAGCGAUUGAUCCUUGGUCUCCACGAGAGGUUCUACCACGCCCCGUUGGGCGAUCUACGAAACAUGCUGAAAGUACGUCCGACCAACCGACCUCAAGUCAAGAUCACCAACUCGAACGUCUUCAACGACCGCAUCCAGAUGGACCUCUUCCAGUUCAAUGGCAAAUGGAUUGCGCUCAUCGUCUGCGAAGCGACCCGUUACAAGAUUGCUACCAGAGUUGUUGAUCGCGGCUGGAAAGAGCUUACGCGCAUGCUGCUCAGGUCAUGGUUCAUGUACUUUGGUCCUCCUCGACAACUUGUGGCGGACCAAGAGGCAUCCAUCAUGGGUCAUGAAGCAUCCGCUGACUUGGAGCGGUUCAGUGUUGAGCGAUGCCCGAAGGGCACGACGUCAGGCGCGGCCGGCCAGCAACAUACUGGGACAGGUUUAGCUGAAAGGCGUGUUGCUUUGACCGAGCUCACUAUGAACAAGUUGUCAUGCGAGCUCAACCGGCAGGGCUUGUAUGCCGACGAAGACGAGCUGGCCAUGGAGUCCGCGAUGUCGCAAAACAUCGCCCUCAACUAUGGGGGGGUCACCCCCGCCAUGGCCGUCUUCGGCGUCCUACCUCGGCCAUUCUACGACCACGCGGCGGACAACAUCAUGUCGGAUGCAGGUGCGCUCCAGACGGACAUCAGCCAAUUUGAACGAGCUCUACGCGUUCGUCAACUGGCUAUGUCUUGUGUGCAACAGGCGAUUGCCGAAGACCGUGUGGCUCGAGCAGGCCGAACUCGAACGCACCAGCUGGACCUCUCCAAACUGGUUGCUGGCACCACGCAGGUUGACAUCUAUCGGGAUGGAUGGCGUGGACCCGCUGAACUUCUUCGCAUCAAUGCCGAGGAGGGCACUGCAAUCGUUCAAUACCAAGGGCGUCCAUACCUCAUGGGUUUAAGGCACCUUCGGCUUCACGAGAACACCUCCUUUGCAGUGUGGCCCUCUGAAGUUCAAGAAGCUGUGGUGGAACUGAAGCAAGCCGCGGAAGCACUGAGGCCAUACAAGGUCUCCACUGUGGGAUGGAUCCGUGAUGAGCGGGAUGGUUCCAUCAGCUGGCGCCGUGCCUCCUCCGAGUUCAAUCAGUACAAGCACAUCAUGGACAUGGCUACGACCGUUGGACGACAUCUCAGUGAUCGACCAGUUGGCGGCAUAGCCAUGGGUGUUGGUGUACGACACUUCCGGCCUCCUCCUACAAGCAUUGGCGUGCUUCUGUUUUGGGCUAUGGGCUCAGAUCAGCAUGCCUCCCAGGAGCACUGGUCAUCCAGCAUCAUCAAGAUACGUGAUCUGGCACCUGUGCCUGUGGACGACUUAUGCUUCAUCUAUUUGUUCUUCUACCCGUCCUAUGACGAGGAACCGCGACCACAGGUUCGGGAAACGCCGGAAGUGAGUAUGCGACCAGUUGAGCUUGACGAUGAAGACCCAAUGGAGCUGGAGGACGUCACCCUGGAUGUGAAACGGAAGGGUCCGGAGACGCGCGCGGUGACUUUGGGGCCUGAGAACAAGAAGCAACGCAGUGAGCUGUUGGUGCAAUCCAUCUACAACAUGGACUCCGAGAAGCCGGACCACUAUCUCUUGGAGUACCAAUGGCUCAUGGAACGUAAGCACAAGUUUCGCGUUGGCUUCCAGUACCAGCUGUCCUCCUUCUGCAACCUCGCUCAAGUAUCCCUUCUGGAUGCACACUUGCUGCGCUGCGCCCGGGCUUCUUUCACAACGGCUACCACACGGGAGCAGAGGCCAUUGGUGGUCUGGCCAGGCAAGGUGCACCAAUCCUUCUUUGUGGACCUUCUCAGUUGCGAAACGUUCAAAGUGGAUACUGACACAGAUAAUAUCCCUGAGUCCGAUGUGUACAAGAUCUGGAACGAAGUCGAGACAGCAGAUGCCAAGGAGGUUGGUCAAUUUGUGGACACGAAGUGCUUCAAACGUGUCCACCUCUCGAGUGUGACCUCGGACACCGUAGUGAUAGAUGCGGUGUGGGUGCGAAAGUACAAACGCAAGGACGGCAAGGUCAUUGUGAAGUCCCGGUUGUGCGCCAGGGGCUGUUUUGAUCCUCACCGAGAACACUUGACCACGCGGUCAACGACAGCCACCAGGCUCUCACAGCGUUCGGUCCUUUCCACGGCGGCGAAUCACGAGUUUGAAGGAGAGUCAUGGGAUAUCUCUGGGGCCUUCCUCAAGGGGUUGACGUUUGAGAAAGUCCGUAAGCUCCUGCGGAACAAGGGCAUCAUGUCUCCAGUGCGGAAGGUCAUCAUCAUUCCUCCUCCGAAUGUCUGGCGACAUCUGGCAGCACGAGAUCCUUCUUUCGAGAUCCACGGCAACUUCGGAUCAUAUGGGCUGGAGACUGACAAGCCGGUGUAUGGCUUGAAUGAUGCACCUCUGGCUUGGCAACUGUGCUUGCGUGAGUUUCUGAAGCUCAUUGGCGGUUGUCCCUCGGUGAUGGACGAGAACCUGUUCAUCUGGAAGACACCGCCGCCAGAGGAGAAGCUUAAGGCGCUCAUGACGACACAUGUCGAUGACCUCUUCUCUGCGGCGAAGCAACAGUGGCUGGACGAGAACUACCAGAAGGUAAAGCUCGAGUUCGGUGACGUGUCGCGACAGCUCAUGCCGUUCGACCACUGCAGUUGCAGGUACGAGCGUAUACCUGAUGGCUACAAAAUGUCGCAGACACACUUUGCAGAAAAGCUUGUCCAAGCUUCUGUGAAUGAGAAGCGCAAGGAUUCUGAUCCGCUGACGCCGGAAGAGCUCACCUCUUUUCGCUCGGUUCUCGGCGGGUUGCUCUGGUUGACAGCCACCAGGCUAGAUCUCAUUGCGGAUGUUUCCUUGCUGCAGUCCUGCGUGACUAAAGCUUGCAUUGAGCACCUGAAAAUGGCCAACAAGGUUGUACUCAAGGCCAAGAACCCCAAUUGUUUGCACCUUGGCCUGUUCUUCAGGAAGCUCAGUGGCAACAUCAGACUGAUGUGCGUGCGUGAUGCAAGCUCAGCGAGCAAGGGUCGCAAUUAUGCUCAAGAAGGCAUCCUCGUUUUGCUGUGCGAGGAUAAGCUCCACAUGGAUGACCAACACUACAAGAUCGAGGCCGAUGACCAACUGGCCGACGCUCUUGGCGGACGAGCACACGUUCUUUGGUCGCAUGGGGCUAAGGCAAAACGUGUCUCAUACAGCACCUCGCAUGCCGAGACCUUGGCAGCGAUUGGCGGCCUCGAGACCAUGACAUUGGUUUCGGUGCGUCUGUGUGAGAUGUUCCUGAUGGGCAGCCAACCUUCAUUGGCUGAGCUUACGAAGGUUCAGGAACACGGUCAUCCCCAGUUGCCGAUUGACUCCCUGACCGACUGUAAAGACUUUUAUGAGUUGUCGACAGGCGAUCGGAGUCUGCCACAAGAUAAAGGGCAGAGAUUGUAUAUCCUUGCUCAUAAGGAGGCACGUCUUCUUGGCAGGCUACGCUGGCUUGUGUUGGUUCCGACACAAAGCAUGACCGCAGACGCGCUCACAAAACCGAUGGUGGCACCUCCUCUCAUGCUACUACUUUCCACCGGCACAGUGGCCUACCACAACGAGCCAGGGCACCACCUACUUUUCCGUCGACUACCUGUACGGCACGAGUUGGACGAGGACGACAUCCUGACCACGGACGAUGACAUCAUCAAGGGCAUGAUGGCUCUGGCAAUGGCUUCGAGAACAAGUGUCUCAAAGGUCUUCCUCUUCGCGGCCUUCCUGACCACUCGCGUUCAGGCUUCCAGGGAAGUGACCACUGGCGAGUUCUCGUCCUCCUCGUCAACAUCGUGGGAUCCGCUCACGAUGGUUCUGGUGACAAUCGUGGUCAUCGUUUUCAUGGAGCGAGUCCUGUUCAUCAGCGGUUGUGCAGCCUGGCUAUGGACAAGAUCCUCUCCGGCAAGUGCAGCUGCGCCGACCACCACAACGACAUCGAGCUCUACCACGACUACCUCGUCAACUACGUCAAGAGCCGAUGCCGAAGUUAACACCGACCAUCCGACAAGGACGACAUCUUCGACCCAGGCGGAGUACCGCACUCCACGACGUUCCUAUCCGGAAGCUGAGGCAAGAGAGCAGCAGCUUCGUCAUCAGGUGGCCGAGCUCAACAGUACUGGCACGCUGCAGCGCGCUUGGGCUCAAUUGAAAAGGACCUUGGAUCUGAUGGUGCUGGCAGUGAGGCUGACCGAUUCCACCUCGAAUGCCGUCCCUUCCGAGAAGAGUGGCCGCAACAUCCACUGGACGCGGCGGAAGCAGCCUAGACAUGAAGAGGUCCGUGCGAAGGAAGACGGAACAUUCAGCAGUGAGGGAGAGCGGGAAGAAGAUCAUUUGCUCGAGGAGGCAUCCCGUGGCAAAGUUCAAGCUUCCCAUCAUGCCCAGGAGGACCAUGCCAAGAUGACCAGCAGGGAUGCAGCCACGAAUCUCAUGUGUCUUGCUGGCAUUAGUGGAUCGGCCUGA